AUGUUUGAGGGUUGCACGCGGUACCAGGAGCUCCUAUCUUCGCUAAAGGCGGACGAUCAUGGUGUCGUUCACCUCGGAAACGACGGCGUCUUGCGGAGCUUCGACGCGAGCGGAAACGUCAUCGACUACCGCCAGCUGAGCCCCGACCAGAUUCGCGACUCUAUAAACAUGUACGACGCCAUCGGUACGGAGGAAAGGAACCACUUGGAAAAUGUAUACAGAGGCGUUGAUGGUCGCCAAGUUCCUCGCGAGAAGGUUUUGAACCCGGAUGAGAGUGCGGUCCCGGCGUGGGUGCUACAGAAACGGGGAAGCACAACACCAGCAAACACCCCAGCAGUGGUUGAGCAGUAG